AUUAUGACUGCUCCCUAUAGUAAAGUAUCUCAGGUUAAAUUAGACAUUAAACAAAUUGUUGAUAAUCUUCAGCAAUUUGCAAACUAUGAUGGUCACGAAAUAGAAUUGCUAAAGCUUAAAACUAACACCGAACAUUUAUUAAACAAGUUGGAAAACUUGCCUUUAGAAGGCUUUAAAACUAAUCUGAACAAAAGGCAAAGAAAAAGACAUAAAACAAAAUUAAAUAAACUUAGAAAAACGAAAGAAAUCAAUGUGGUAAAUAAGGAAAUUGAGUCUGAAGCAAACGUUGGGAAAAUUACAUCUACUAUUUCAAGAGAACUUAAGCCAAAAACCCAUUACCAAUUUAAAAGUGUUAAAGAAUGCCAACGCUUUUUACAGACGUUUGAAUUGUUGGAACAAUUGCAUUCAGUACGUGGACAAAAUUCAACAGAAACCUAUAAAUUUUCUUUAAAAUUACGCCAAUUGAAGUCCAUCUGGAAUUGUUUAUUGCAAGACAAACUGCAUGAACAAACUUCAGAAGAUGUUAAAAUUCAACAACAAUGGAAUGAAGUAUUGUUUGGUCCGCCGGAGAAAACUUAUUUCCACAACAAGCCAGACUUACAGGACUUUAUAAGAAAAAGACAAAUUUGGGACUCUUAUAUAGACAAUAAAUAUGGAUCCCCUAUACCAAUUGGUUGGAUAUUGCCAAACACAGAAGCUGAGGAACAAUGGCGACCAUAUAUUGCGCCCACAAGUCUUUAAUAGUUAUAAUUCAAUAAAAUGAUUUUCAAUGCAUAAAUAGA